AUGAGUUAUAAAGCUUUUGCUUCAGGAGUUGCUGGUAUCACUGUCGGUACAGGUAUUGCUUCAUAUUUUUUUGGUAGGUCAUCGUCUCAAUCAACUGCUACUCAAACAUCAUCACUUCCAGUUCCAGUGUCUAAUUCUGAUAGACCAGAUGGAUCUUUAACAGCUAAAGGCAGCAACAUUGAUCCUACUGGAUUUUUCAAAUAUGGAUUUCCAGGUCCAAUUCACGACUUAGCUACUAGAGAACAGUUUAUUUCUUGCUAUAAUAGACAAACAAGAAAUCCAUACUGGGUCGUUGAACAUAUCACUCCAGAAUCUUUAUCUCAACGGAAUUCUGAUAGAAAGAAUUCCAUCUUUUUAGAAGAUGAGGCAAUUCCAGAGAAGUUUAGAGGUAGAUUGAAAGAUUACUUCAGAUCAGGUUAUGAUAGAGGUCAUCAAGUUCCUGCAGCAGAUGCAAAGUUCUCUCAAAAUGCUAUGAAUGAAACAUUUUUUUUAACCAACAUGUCACCUCAAGUCGGUGAAGGCUUUAAUAGAGAUUAUUGGGCCCAUUUUGAACAUUUCUGUAGAGGUUUAGUUGGCACUUAUCAAAGUGUACGUAUUGUCACUGGUCCACUAUAUUUGCCUAAAAAGGAUCCAGUUGAUGGUAAAUUCAGAGUCACUUAUGAAGUCAUUGGUAAUCCCCCAAGCAUUGCUGUUCCAACCCAUUUCUUUAAAUUAAUUGUUGCUGGAAAACCAAGAAAGAUCCAAAUUCAUCAUCAAUUUCUGUCGCUGCAUUCGUAA